AUUGAGUGUUCCGCCGAGUCUCUCUCAUAAUUCUCAUUGCUUUGAGUCUAUAUAAGGUUUGCAUAGGUUGUCUAAUUUUCUUCUUGUUCACUACUCUGCUUUGUGUUGUCCGUAUAAUGGGUUUGUUCAAGGAGGAGGGAUUGGUGUACAAGCCGGUGGAAGAGGUUGAUCUUGGUCCUACUAGUCAUGAAAUCUAUCUCCGAGCCAACGUUAAAGCUCCUAGAAUGGCUGGACUUCUUGUCAAAAUUUUCGCCUGGUUUCUGGAGUCACGGAUCUUCGGGACAUUGUUGUUGUACAUAUUGAAGAGAAACAAUCUAAUUCACAAGCUCAUAACUAAUGCGGAGCUAGAGAUGCAUCCUCUCUAUGUUCCCUUACAUCCUUUUGAAGAUCUUAAAGAACAAGAAGUCAAAUGCAUAGAUUUUGAUUUAUCUCCACCUGAGCAAGUUCAACAGGCAGUGAACUGCUUUCCUAAUUCUCCGAAAGAUAUAUUUGGUGGUAUAAAACCUUCAUUUCAUUGGUGGACAAUAUUAGACUAUGCAAAAGUUUAUAGUUCCGGAAAACUAACUCCUCGAAUGGUUGCAGAGCGAUUUAUAGCUGCUGUACAUGAAUGUUCUAAUCCUCCUUUACAAAUGUCAUUCUUUAUUAACUAUAAUGUGGAAGAUAUUCUAAAGCAAGCAAGUGAAUCCACACUUCGGUAUGAACGAGGACAAGCAAUAUCAAUCCUAGAUGGAAUCCUAAUUGCUAUCAAGGAUGAAAUAGACUGUUGCCCUUAUCCAACUACAGGAGGAACCAAGUGGCUACACAAAGUAAGACCUUGUACAAAUGAUGCAUGUUGUGUUAAGCGCCUCAGAUUAUGUGGUGCCAUACUUGUUGGGAAAACCAAUAUGCAUGAACUUGGGUCUGGAACAAGUGGGAUAAAUCCUCAUUACGGGGUUACUAGAAAUCCAUAUGAUAUCAAGAAGAUCUCUGGAGGUUCUUCUAGUGGAUCUGCUGCAGUGGUCGCUGCAGGAUUGUGCCCUGUCGCCCUUGGUGUUGAUGGCGGAGGAUCUGUUCGAAUGCCUGCAGCUCUUUGUGGUGUUAUUGGUUUCAAACCAACUUUUGGGCGCAUACCUCAUUCUGGUGUUCUUCCUCUGAACUGGACGGUGGGAAUGGUUGGGAUCUUAGCCGGCACCAUCGAGGAUGCAUUUAUUGUUUAUGCAGCAAUGAAUGGACGACUUCCAUCAGAUCAACCCACUAGUGCUGUAAAGCCCAAACUGUAUUUUCCACUGCUCAAUUCAACUAAACCUAUCUCUGAUAUCAAAUUAGCGAAGUAUGCAGCGUGGUUUGAUGAUUGCAGCGAUGAGAUCAAAAUAUGCUGUUCUAAAGCGAUAGACAAGCUUCAGAAGCACCGUGGUUGGAAGAUUGUAGAGGUGACUAUUCCGGAGAUAGAAGUGAUGCGGCUGGCACAUUAUUCAACAAUUGGAUCUGAGUGUAGCACUUCCCUUAGCUCUCAUCUAGAAAAGCUGAAUCCAGGAGAAUUAGGAUGGGAUACAAGGGUAGCACUUAGCGUCUAUUCUUCUUUCAGCAGCAAGGAGUACAUUAAGGCACAGAAAAUUAGGAACCGCCAGAUGCAGUUUCAUAUGAAGAUAUUUGCUCAGGCAGAUGUCAUUGUUUCACCAACAACAGGCGUAACUGCAUACCCAAUAAAGGACGAUGCUCUCCAGACUGGUGAACUCGACUAUAUAAAUGGAGCUGCACUAGUUCGUUAUUCAAUAGCGGGAAAUUUUCUUGGAUUGCCUGCCGUUACUGUCCCGGUGGGAUAUGACAAACUUGGCUUGCCGAUUGGCCUUCAGUUUAUGGGCCGGCCAUGGUCGGAACCAACAUUAAUUCACAUAGCAUCGGCAAUGCAGGCUCUCUGCAUGCCAGGCUACAGAAAACCAGAGGUUUUCUAUAAUCUUCUUAAUGAGGAUUAGUUGCACGACCAACAUCCACUACAUUACAGAUGGUGAUGGUCAUAAAAAUUUGCAAGUUUUCUCUACCGGAUAAUGUAUUGCCAUUGAACUUCAUGGUUGUCAAAUCUCUUGAUAAAUGGGAAACAAUUUAAAUGGAAGAUGACCAUGUGUAUAAGGGCAUUAGGGUACUUGUAUUUGGUCCAAUUAUAUUACUACAUAAAAUUGGAAUUUGAGAAACAUCUA